CGCAUCUGGCGCUUGAUAACUAGCCUAGGUGUAGAUUAGAAUUAGGGCGAUCUCAAUUUUUCCACUUCGCCUUCCAUGACCUACUUGUAGUCUCUUUACAGCUUUGUCGGCACAGCACAUGGCAUUUCAUAUUGCAGCUGUGCCUUUGCCCCGCGAUAGGCUAGUAAAAGCACCCUCUGACUGGAAAAGAGUCUAGAUUCUAGAAUCUAAUUUAGCCUAGGCCUAUUUAUCGCUGCAGAUUGUUCUUACAGGGUAAAGAUGUCGUACCCACCUUUUCAGCUGAACGGCUCUCGGUUCGACCAGAGCUCCUUUUAUGGCAGAUUCCGACAUUUUAUGGAUGUCAUUGAUCCAUCCACUCUUCUGACAUCUUCGAAAAAGUUGGACUCUGCAGUCCAGCUUCUCAAUGACUACAAAAAUGGCAGCUUACCAAGUGGUGUCACUGAUGAGCAGUUGUGGAAAGCACAAAAGAUCAAACAAGGUAUGUGCCUUUUGGAUCUCCAGUCGUGGUUGGACUUUUGCUUCCCAAUCCAAGCAUGGCAAGCAUUAUCUUCUGGCAGUGGUUGAACCAGAGCCACAAUGCUUGUGUCAACUAUUCAAAUAGAAAUGCAACAAAGCCAACUCCUCUGAAGCGGUUUCUUAUUGGCUAUGUCGGGGCUGUCGGCACUGCAGUUUCAAUUGCGGUUGGGCUCAAUGUGCUUGUAAAGCGAGCAAGCGCAUUCAGACACACCACCAGAAUGUUGAUACAACGUUUUGUGCCUUUUCCUGCCGUCGCCAUUGCCAGUUCAUGCAACGUUUUGCUGAUGAGGAACAGUGAGCUGUCUGAAGGCAUUGAAGUGUUGGACAAGUCCAAUAAUAUCAUAGGCACCUCAAAAGUUGCAGCUAAAAAGGCAUUGACGGAGACUGCUAUCACAAGAAUGUUCCUUCCAGCUCCCAUUUUGCUCAUUCCUCCAGUGGUUAUGUCGUUUUUAGAGAAGAGAAAGUUCCUGAAAAAGUAUCCAAGAUUGCAUUUGCCUGUAAAUGCUCUUGUGUGCUCCCUGGCUUUUGCCUUCGCCUUGCCAGUUGCCAUUGCCAUGUUCCCACAAUAUUCAGAGAUCCAAAGGUCUCAGCUAGAGCCAGAAAUUCAGGCAGCGACGACAGAUGAAGUUCUCAUCUACAAUAAAGGACUAUAGGCUUGGCUAUUUGUCUAGCUGUAUUGAGAUGAUACUUUGGACGCAUAAUUUUGCAAGGAAAAUUUGCUGUGUGGUGCAUUCAAAUAAUAAUUAUAUGAUAAUCUGGUUACCCAUGGUCUGGUUGUCUUUUUGUUUUGUUUUAUUUAUUUCAGGGUUCAGGGGAUGUGCUGUGUUGACCAUAUUUUUUUAAAUUUGUAUACAGAAUCUUUUGAAUUAAGUACAUAUAAUUUUAAGACCGGUCAACCGUCCAACCCACCCACCAGCCAUCUGACCCACCUACCAGCCAACCAAUGAAUGAAUCAAAUAGUUUAUAAAAUAUCAUCUGAUCAUUAAAUCAAAUGUUGAAUCAAUCCAAACAUGCACUAAGUUAUAAUCAAAGAAACGAAUGAACCUUCAAAGAUACAAGUAUCUCAAUAAUUUUAGAGAGUCCUGUGAUAAAAUAUUUUGUAUUGGGAAAUGCUCCUGAUAUUAUUAUAUUUAAAGUCCAUAAUAUUUUUUCUUUCACUUUUACAAUUUCACUUACCAGUGGUUAUAUAUGUAAUCACACUGUAGAAACUGUUUUACAUCUGUAGCUUCCAUUUAGUAUGGCAUUGGAUUUGUAGUAUUAGAAAGUAUACUGUUGUUUCUGACCACCAAAGUGCUCAUUAUUUUAGUAGCAUCUAAUGUUUCUAUUGUGUUGUUAAUGCUUUUACUACCAUUCCCAAAUUUAUAUGAUCUGUUGUUUGUAACCAUGGCUUUAGAAUAACCCUUUUUAAAAUUUGAUAACUGUCUAUCCAGUUUUUUUUAGUUUUUUAUUUCAAGCAAAAGGUGUACCAUUCGGGGAAAUGCGUAGACAAGCUGUCUUUUU